AUUUGGCUCGACAACCCGCACGAGGAAGCGACCCCCGUACAGUACAGCAUCUGUUGUGUGACGUGGAUCUCGGCCAUGAUGAACCGCAACGACUACACGUACUCGCCGCCGCAAAUGAUGCACCACCACCAACAGCAACAGCGCUCCAUGUACAUGGACAAAGGAUCGCACAAUGGGGCGGGCGGCGACUUUCACAUGAUGCCGCCCCACCACACCACGUCGCACCACUCGACGUCGCACCACAGCGCGUUGACGUCGCACCAUCCAUCGACGUCCCAUCACACGUCCCAUCACUCGUCGUCACACCACGGCCACCAUGGAGGUGGCAUGAACCACCACGGCGACUUUGAUCACGAGCCGCUCGUCUUGAACAACGGCCCGCCCCACCACAACUUUUACCAACACAUGAAUCAACCGAUGCUCCACGUGUCGACGGACUUUUCCAACGUUCAAGGUAUGUCGUCGAUGCACAACGGAAGCGACGAUAUGGACGACAACAAGAGCAUGAACGGACAGAAACGGUCGCGCGAGGAGUUGAACCAAAAGGAGAAGAAGCGCAUGUUCAAGCUCAACGAAACCAUCCACACACUGAAGAAAUCGUUGGAUGACGCUGGAGUGAGCUGCAAGAAGAACAAGCAAUCGAUCUUGGACAAUACGGCCCACUAUAUCUCUAUGCUUCGCAACGAUUUGAUCAUUGCCAAGCAAAAGGCCGAACAUGCCGAGCGAAUGUUGCAUUCGAGUGGCGGGAGCCAAAGCAAGGGCUACGCGCCUUUUGAACGCUACUUCGAAUUCUCGAGCACGCCGACGUUGAUCAUGUCGAUGGACAUUCAAGUUAUCCGUGCGAACAAGGCUUUCCGCGAAGUCACUGGGUACAACGAAGACGCGUUGAAGAACAAGGACACGCUGCUCUCGUGCUUAAGUGCCGACAUUAGCCGCGCUCGAACGCUGGUGCACAACGCGAUUGACUCGCGCAAGACGUUGCGUACCGUCGUGCAGAACGCGAUCUCGAACGGUCGAGUGACGAGCAGCUUGUCGUUGACCCUUCUCUUCGACCCGCAAGGCAACCCGGAAUGCCUCGAGUGCGUGUUGGUUCCGCUGGAGGAGGAGCAGCAGCAAUACGACAUGCUGAAGGAGGACGUGACGCUGGACGAAGUCAGCAACCUCGUAUGAAGAGCAUCCCCACCCCAAUAGAACACCAGGCGUAGAGUUUUGAUAUUGCUAUACAAUAUACACCAGUACAAUAGUAUCCCUCUUCGACG